GACAACGACAAGCUGUCAGAGUCAGACGCCAUUGCAAAAACAAGUGGGGUCCAGUGUGCAUGAUAUACGGAUAAACAUGUUAAAAAGUUUUUCUGAAAUUUUAGUUUUAUGUUACAUUUGGUGCCCAAAUCGCUAUAUAAGAACUGAUAUAUCGUACUUUCCUCCGUCUUGAUUAAGUGAGAAACGUAGUUAAUUAAACUAGUGAAUUUUAUUUUAUUUUUAUCGCAAAGUUCCCAAAUCCACAAUCACCAUGCCUAAAGGAAAGAAAAAAGGAAAGUUCGAACACAGAAGAACAGAGCAGCCUUAUUCCUCCGAUGAAGAUGCUGGAAUUGACAUGGCAUGCUCAGAGACCUCUGAACGCUCUGACCUCCCAGAUGACGAGAGUGAACUCAAGCUAGAAGAGAAGGUACUGGAGAUUAUAGACGCGUUGAGCGCCCGGGCUAACGCCGCGCGGGCCGCCGCGUUUGUCGCCCUGAAGAACUCGCUGCAGAGACGGUACCUCGCCCACCUACUGUGCGGCCAGCGGGUAACGUUGACCGAGCUCGUCACAAAGUCGCUGAGACGGGGCAAGGAUGGCGAGAAACGAGCCGCGGCAGCUGUCGCUCCGUUAUUGGCUCUUCAGAUUGGUGAAGAAGGUAUAGAGGAGUUUUUGGACGAGAUGCGUCCCGCCCUCGCCGCAGGCGCUGUCGACAAAUCCGCUUCACUGGACACGCGCACCGAGUGUUGCUCUUCGCUCGCGGUUCUAUGCUACCUGCUCGAGGAGGAUCUGAGCGCGAUAUUGGAAGUGAUGAGAAUGUUUGAGACCAUAUUCAGCGGGAGCUACCUAAAGGGCGACGGUAGCGUCAAAGUAUCGGGCGCUGCCGUGGAAGAGGGCGCGUGGCACGCGGCGGCGCUGGACGGCUGGGCACUGUUGUUGGCACUGACAGAGCCGCAGCACGCCAGGACACUACUAGCCGAACGGCAGCCAUCUUUCCUACGCCUUGCCGAAAUGCUCGACGCGUGCAGUCUCGAGGUUCGCCUGGCUGCGGGCGGCGCGCUGGCCAUAGCGCACGAGCGGGCGUGUGGCGACGACGAGCGCUUCGCGUGGGCCGAGGACGAGUUGCUGCCCAAAUUGGAACAGUUGGCGCGCGACUCGCACAAGUUCCGCGCCAAGCGGGACCGCAAGGUGCAGCGGGCCACAUUCCGCGACAUCCUCAAGUACUUCGAGGAGGGCAGCGUAGAGUCGGAGCGCAUGCGCGUGGGCGGCGACACGGUGACCUUGUGCUCGUGGUCGACUCGCAUCGCGUACGGCGCGCUGGCCGCCGCACUGGGCGCCGGCCUCAACGCACUGGCGCCGCACUGUGCGCCGCUGCGCCUGGCACUGCGGUUGUCCCCGCACCCCGCGCUUGACGUCAUCAUGCCGCAGGCCAAGCUCAACAAGCUGCAGCGGCAUCUACAGAACACGGCAGCCUGCAAGGCGCGUACGGUCGCGCGGAACAAGAGCCGCGAUAAGCGAUCCGCGGCGCUCUCGCUCUGAACGCCACCAAGUACCACAGUGACAGCUUCCACUCACCACGACGGGCGCGGCGAUAGUUGGCAGUGUGCGCCCACCAUUAGCAACGACACGUUAGUUUGCGGAUUUAACAAAACCUCUUUCGCAAUGUAGCAUUUUGUUUUUACAUCGUAAAUGUACGGCUCAGUGCCAAUAACACUAAGAAAUAAUUACUUUACCAACAUCAUAUUAAAAUUAUAAAAUUUCAAGGUUACUUUCGUAACUCGAAGCAUUCAUUUUAAAUCCCUAUUACGUAUCCAAACUUUAUUUUCACGGUCAACUAAAUGGGAUACCCAUUGCGCUACUUCUCACUAUCGCAAAGAUAAAUAAAAUAGAUAUAUAUUAAGGUACUUGUCUUCUCAAGGAAAUAUUCUAGGACAGCUUAUAAACUCCCAAACAUGGAUACUAUUUUUAUGAAUUGACAUAGACCCAGUUUCCCCAAUGCUUUGAAAUUAUUAAAUUUAAGCUUAAUAUUAUAGUAGGUAUAUAAGUUAUAUACCUUUAAAGAAAGGGCGCAUUGAAAGAGGUUUUCAUAGUCGAACUUGUUUAAUGCUAACAGCGUACUAAUAAGUACCAAAGAAAACUUCAGUCUGUUAUGGUUGGUGGUGCCCAACCGCCCGAAAUCAAAGUUCAACGAAAGUCGAACGAAUGGUCUUAUAAUAAUUUUUUGAAGUAACAUUUUAGUUUUAUCUCUUUCCCGAGAAUUUCAGAGACAACAUCCAAUAUGUAUCGUUCAUGUUUUAUACCUCAUUUAGAUUCCAACUGCAAUAAUAGAUAUGGUGCCCGCGUUAUGAACCGAGUCGUCGGGCAUUAAAUCAUUGUAGUCUAUCUCACUCGCACCCAUUGUUAUUAACAUUUAUGACCUGACGACUAUUCAUACCGUGGGCACUAUAGUUUAAUAACUAAAACAAAAUAAUCUAUGUAUAAAAAACGAUUAUGUCAAUUCUCUGUAGAGAAAUAUAUAAACUAAACUAAAUUGGCAGGUCUAAAAUUAAUUCUAUCCUAUUUAUAAUGUAGAAAAGAAUAACACUUGUUAGGUGUUUGAUAAAAUUAUUAGUAUUUUAAUAGUAGUCUUAUUUAUAUCAUUAAAUAGGUUUAAUAGUAUAACGUUGAUAUUUUAUAAUUAAGUAAAAUAUAAUUAAACUUGUAAUUGACUUAGUGUCAAAAUACUAAAUGUUUCAGUGGCACGCUACUAUAUUGAAUAUUAACAAUAAUCUUAUAUAAUUUUAUUUGACUAGUUAAGUGGAUCGGUAGGCUAUUGCAGGUGAUCUAAUUUAUUGAAGCGUUAUGUUGAUCUUCAUUCAUUCUGCAAGUGAAUGACGUAGAAUUGUGUUAUAUAGUAAUACUAAAAUAGUAAAACGAAUUGAUGUUAAAUAUAAUAUUAAUAAAGCAAUGAUGAGUGAAGUGAAAAUAAUGAGUGAUAUUGUUCAUAAUUGUGAACUCCCUUCUAAUACAGCAAGUUGGUAGUCUACUAUAUUUAGACCGGUCAAUUUAGUUUAGCUCGUGAGAUUUUUUUUACAACAGAAUUGCUACAAUUGUUUUAUGAGUUUUAACAUAUCUAAAGUUAAAGCACGAAAAUCUAUGCCUUUGAGCAGAGCUAGCUAACUGAUAAUACAAUCGCGUCGACUUGACUCUACACUUAUGAGAGAGCGGUUUGAUAGAUGUUCACAAAUCGGUUUGUCAAACGACACCGGUUUAACUAAAAUGAACAAGUUUUAUCAAGCUGCGGACGUGCGGGUGACGCACAUAAUCUUAGUGUUUGUUCGCGUAUACACAAUAUCAAAAGUAUGGAGUUUUUGUGAACAAACAAUUCUUUUUCAAAUUUCGUGGCGUAUACUAGGCCCUGAUUAUCCCAUGGUAUAGAAAUUUAAACUACGUAGUUUGAUCUGUUGGAACGUUAAACUGUAACGUGCAACUAAAAUUGACCUAAUGAGUUUACAAACGUUUUACCAAGGAAAGUAAAGCUGACUGUAAAAAGGUGAACGAAUUUGCACAUUAAAAUAAGGUAACAUAAGAUCUUUUUUCCUCUUCAGAUUGCUUCUCAUAGAAAAUCAUUGAUUUACACAAAUUACAUUAAAAUUGGUGGUGAGAAUAUGGGAACGUUCGACAAUAGAAUUAAAUAUAAUUUUAAUUAAAUGAAAUAUACAAAAUCGCGAAUGACGGAUUCCGUCAUAGUAAUAUUAUAUUUUAUUUACAACUAUAAUUAUACAUUUUAGAUUGUCCGCACCAUUCGUUGAUGUUGCUAUAACCAUUGUGUUUUGUUUAGCUAAUAUAUUCAACUUACUCCUAAACUUGGAUUAGGAAUUGUCAUUGCGGACUAUAUAUUAACUGCCAUUCAAACCAAGAAGUAAAUUGUUGGAAAAAAAAAAUUGUGUUAUUAGUUUUGAAAAAAACCUCACAUUCUUUAUUUGAGGUCUCAUAAAUUAUUGAAGGAAUUUUUUGUCUCCGUUCAUAUCUUAAAAUCCUGAUUAUGAAUCAAAAACAAAAUUAAUUAGUGUCAUAUUUUAUGGAUGAAAUAUAUGAAAGAAUGGUGUCAUUUAGCAAAAGCUAAAACAGAAUAAAAACCGAACCUGUUUCAGCAUAUUUUUUUGUAUUCUUUUAUUUACUGUAUUUUAUUGUUCAAAGAGGUGUACUACAAUUAAAGCUUAAAAUUUAAUUCAAUCUUCGUUCGUUAAUCGGGUCGCAGUAUUAUUUAGUGGAAAAAUAUACAAAGAUUUUUAUUUCCCCUUUUCGAAGUGGAUUAAAAAAAACUGAACUCAAAUCGAGAUUUUAAGAUGUGGAGUGUAGAAAAAUCACGAAACAGUCUGUCAGCACUUGUGCGCUAAUUUACUUCUUGAGAUUUUACAAUUUUAUUUAUUUUAAUUAAAAUGUUAUAUUUUUUGAUCGUUGUUUACGCUCAUGUUAUUGAUUAGUCCAAUUGCUAGAAUUCUCAGAGCAGGGCCACGGAUUCUGGCUUGUCACAUCAGCAUAAACCGUGGCCCUGCCGCUUGAUGAUUGUUUGAUAUUUAAUUGAUUAUAUCUAAAUGAUGUUAAAAAAUCAAGUUUGGAGUAAGAGCCAUUCUAUGUUGGUUGAUGAAAUGUUUUUUUUUUAAUUUUUUACUAUUUGUGCAGCACCCGUGUUACCAAACUGUGAUUAUUUUCUUUUAUAUAACACAUUCGCAAGACCAUUAUUCUAUUUUAGAUAGAUUUUAGAUUUAUAUUAUGAUAAUGUUAACAUAUUUUCAUCCCAGUCGUGAAAUGAUGGCGUCAAAUCUCUACGGACUUUAUAUGAGAGGACAUGUUGACGAAGUAUGUUUAGGGUAAAAAUAACACUUGUGUUAAAAAAAUAUAUAAAGUUUUUUUUUUAAUUAGCAUGUUUCUUUAUUUUGUACUAAAAAUUUAUGAAAAGAUUAAGAAUGCAGUCAUCCUAAUUGCAAUUUACAAAAAUUAAAAUUAACCUGAUGUUAUGUAGUAAUGAGGACAUGAUGACACGAGACUAGACACGAGUUUGGUACUAGGGGCGCUGUACUGGUACUAUAAAUUCAGGUGGAUUUAAACGAUUUAGCAGUACAUACAUCUCAUUGUAUAUUUUUAUAAACUUCUCUGUAAAUAUUAUUUUGACUUGUGUUUCUCUGCGGCCAGAUCUUUGUACAUUAACUAGGCUAGUGCACGGAAUUUUGAAAUAAUAUUUAUUGUGAGAAAA